AUGACGAGGCGAUACCACCACAUGUCAAGCAGCCGCGAGCUGCACGUCGUCGUCCUCGGCGCAGGCGGCGUCGGCAAGAGCUGUCUCACCGCCCAGUUUGUUCACAAUGAGUGGAUCGAGAGCUAUGAUCCUACCAUUGAGGACUCGUAUCGCACCCACAUCCAGGUCGACGGUCGCCAGGUCGUGCUUGAGAUCCUCGACACUGCAGGCACGGAGCAGUUCGUUGCCAUGCGGGAUCUCUACAUGAAGACGGGUCAAGGCUUUCUCCUCGUCUUCAGCAUCACCUCACCCUCGUCCCUCAACGAGCUGGCCACUCUACGCGAGGAAAUCAUCCGCAUAAAGGACGACGAAAACGUUCCCAUGGUCAUUGUCGGCAACAAGGCUGACCUGGAAGAGUCUCGCGCCGUCCCCCGGGCCAAGGGCUUCUCCAUCUCCCAGCGCUGGGGCGCCCCCUACUACGAGUCGAGCGCCAGGACGCGCACAAAUGUCGACGAAGUCUUUGUCGACCUGUGUCGCCAGAUGCUUCGCAACGACGACCACCACCUGUCGUCAACAUCCGACGGCGGCCUCAAGAUGGAUCCCAUGCGCGGCUCCCACAAGCGCAACCGUCGCAUACGCAUCAGAGACCACAACCACCCACGUUGCACCAUCCUCUAA